AUGAAAAGACUUGAAGAUUUUAAGAAUCAAAAUAGUUUAGUCUCAACUGCUUUGUUUAAGCAAAAUGAAAAGGCAAAAAUUAAAUAUCGAACGAGAUUAGAAGCUUCUAUUGAGUGCUUGAGGUGGCUUAUACUUCAAGGCCUGGCAUAUCGAGGUCAUGAUGAAAACCAAGAUUCACUAAAUAAGGGUAAUUUUAUUGAACUUUUAAAAUUUUAUGCGAAAGGUAGACCUGAUGUUGAAGAUGUUGAGUUGGAUAAUGCCCCUAAAAAUUGUCAAAUGACAGCUCUUUCGAUUCAAAAAGAUAUUAUCAAUGCUUGUGCAAAAGAGACCACUAAAGCAAUUAUCACAGAAAUCGGUGACGAGUGUUUUACUAUUCUUUCUGAUGAGUCUGCAGAUAUAUCUGAUAAAGAGGAGUUGUCGGUUUGUUUGCGUUAUGUUAGCAAGAGUGGUGGAGUGGUGGAGCGCUUUCUUGGCAUUGUACAUGUUCCUAACACUACCUCUUUGACUAUUAAAAAUGCAAUUGAAUCCUUGCUUAUGGAACAUUCUUUAACACUUCCUAAAGUUCGGGGUCAAGCUUAUGAUGGUGCUAGCAAUAUGCGAGGCUCAAUUGGUGGCCUCAAAACUUUAAUCUUGAAUGAAUGUUCAUCUGCGCAUUAUGUUCAUUAUUUUGCUCAUCAACUUCAAUUGACAUUGGUAGCAACUUCCAAAAAGAGUGAGGACUUUGAUAUUGAGUCAGGAAGUAGUUUGAAUCAAGAGCUUGGCUUAAUUCGACCAGGUGAUACUUGUUGGAGCACUUACUUUAAAUGCAUUAAAAAUGUGCUUGGUUUGUUUCGACCAAUCUUGGAGUCCCUUGAAGCCAUUGCAAAUGCUCAUGAGGCUGAUAGGACAAAGGCAUAUUCAAUCAUAGGUAUGUUGAUGUCAUUUGAUUUCAUUUUUAUAGCACAUUUAAUGGGAACUAUAUUUGGAUUGACGAAUUCAUUGAAUGUGAGGUUGCAAAAAAUGGAUCAAGAUAUAGUUCAUGCAAUGAGUUUGGUUGAUGGAACAAAAAAGGAUCUGCAAGAACUACGAGAUAAUGGUUAG